GGAAACAGGAAGGACGGGGGAGGAGUUGAGAGGCUGAGAGAGAACUACAGAGGGUACAGCAGCAGCUUGGUAAAGAGGUUUCCACUUUGAAAAUAAAGUCCUGUUGAAGCUUGUUAGUACCUUGCCUGAUUGAUAUAACAUUUUGGUGACAAGAAUGGAUCUUCUGCCUCCAAACCCACCUGCACCCUUUCUCCAAAGCCCAGAUAUUCCUUUAACACCUUCGCAUCCUACCCAAAACGGAGAGCAAAGAGCAGAAUCCACUGGGAGCUCUUCUUCAGCUUACAACAACAAAUACCUCACAGUUCCUCAGACCCGGCCUUCUGUGCAUUUUGGCAGAAUCAAUGGGGCUUUUGAGCCAUCUGGCUGCAUGGAGACUCACAACAACUCUAAAAUUAACAAUUACCUGGAUGGGACCCAAGUGGGGGCCAGAGGUGGGACAUCCCCAGGUGGGAUGCAUUUCAGGGACAGCAAGAGGAAAGUGGACUACGUCUUAGCCUAUCACUACCGAAAACGUGCCUCUCAGCACCAACGAGGCACUGGCUCCCUAGGUCCCUUGCAUAGACCUUCCCCCUUGGCCAUUAUUUCUAAUGGGGAGAUGGGGAAAAGCCACUCUGAGCAACAGCAAAACCAGUGGCAGAAUGCACCCCAGCAGCAACAUGUGCAGCCAGAGGUUCAGAUGAUCGAGAUGAGCCCAGUGGAUGCCCUAGAGGAGGAGAAACGGGAACAGAGGGAGGAGUAUGAGCGCAACCUGGUGGAAGCUGGCCUGGAGAUAGAAAAAGACAUUGAGAAUAAAAGCUAUGGAUUGAGCUUUGUGCGGAUACACGCACCUUGGAAUGUGCUUAGUCGAGAAGCAGAAUUUCUUAAAAUCAAAAUGCCCACUAAAAAGAUGUAUGAAAUUAAAGAAGAAGGAGGAAUUCUCAAGAAGCUCUAUGAAAUAUGGCACAAAACUACAAAGCCUCUGCAGCCCAAGGUCCCACAACAAAACAACACAAAGAUGAAAAGUUUGUCUUACCCCUUUUCCAGAGAGAAAAUAUAUUUGUACAACAUUAAAGACAAAGACACAUUUUUUGACAAUGCUACCCGCAGUCGAAUAGUACGUGAAAUUUUAAAGCGUACAUCUUGUACAAAAGCCGAAAACAGUAUGGAUAUUACUACAUUAAUAGCAAACAAUGUCUAUGACGCAGCAUAUCCUCUUCAUGAUGGUCAAUAUGAAGGCCAAAAUGAUGACAGGAAUGAAAGAAAGUUGCUGUAUCGAGAAUGGGCAAGAUAUGGAGCAUUUUACAAGUAUCAGCCUAUUGACCUCAUAAGGAAGUAUUUUGGAGAAAAAAUAGGACUGUAUUUUGCGUGGUUGGGUUUAUAUACAGAAUUCCUUAUCCCAUCUUCAGUAGUUGGGAUAAUAGUUUUUCUUUACGGAUGUAUAACCAUGGAAAAUGACAUUCCUAGUAAAGAGAUGUGUGACCAACAUAAAGCGUUCACCAUGUGCCCUCUUUGUGACAAGUCUUGUGACUAUUGGAACCUCAGCACUGCAUGUGCUACAGCACGCGCUAGCCACUUAUUUGACAACCCUGCAACAGUCUUCUUCUCCAUUUUCAUGGCUCUCUGGGCUACCAUGUUUCUUGAACAAUGGAAGCGUUUACAGAUGAGACUAGGUUACUUCUGGGAUCUCACUGGCAUAGAGGAGGAAGAAGAACAUCCCAGACCAAAAUAUGAAACUAAAGUACGACAGAAAAAACUCAAAAAUGAAACCAAUAAAAAGGAUAAUAUAGAUGAGGAUGAAAAGGAGAAGUUAACCUGGAGAGACCGUAUGCCUGGCUAUCUAGUGAACGUUGCAUCCAUUUUAUUUAUGAUUACAGUGACAUUUUCAGCAGUUUUUGGUGUGACCGUGUACCGAAUUAUUACAGCAGCUGCCUUGUCCAUCAGCAAAAAUGAGUCAACCAGGUCGAACGUUCGUGUGACUGUGACUGCAACAGCUGUCAUCAUUAACCUGGUUGUGAUCCUUAUAUUAGAUGAGAUUUAUGGAGCUGUUGCCAAAUGGCUGACAGAAAUGGAGGUACCAAAAACAGAGAAGACCUUUGAAGAGAGGUUAAUUUUGAAGGCUUUCCUAUUGAAGUUUGUGAACUCUUAUGCACCAAUUUUUUAUGUUGCCUUUUUUAAAGGAAGGUUUGUUGGCCGACCUGGUAGUUAUGUAUAUAUGUUUGAUGGUUACCGAAUGGAAGAGUGUGCUCCAGGAGGCUGUUUGAUGGAACUCUGUAUUCAGCUGAGCAUCAUUAUGCUUGGAAAGCAACUUAUUCAGAAUAAUCUUUUUGAAAUUGGAAUCCCGAAGUUAAAAAAGCUGUUCAGGAAGCUGAAGGAUGAAAGGACUGAGAAAAAGGAAAGUGACUCCAACCACUCAAAGCACCCUCAGCAAUGGGAUCUCGAUUACAUGUUGGAACCUUUCACUGGACUGACUCCAGAAUACAUGGAAAUGAUUAUCCAGUUUGGCUUUGUCACACUCUUCGUUGCCUCCUUCCCUCUGGCUCCGGUGUUUGCUCUUCUCAACAACAUCAUAGAAGUUCGGCUGGAUGCAAAAAAGUUUGUUUCUGAGUUAAGGAGGCCAGACACAGUGAGAGAAAAAGAUAUCGGAAUUUGGUAUAACAUUUUGAGUGGUAUCGGAAAGUUUUCAGUUAUCAUUAAUGCUUUUGUAAUCUCUGUCACAUCUGAUUUCAUUCCACGCCUUGUGUAUCAAUAUGCAUACAGUCAAAAUGGAACCAUGCAUGGCUUCGUCAAUCAUACCCUCUCAUACUUCAAUGUUAGUCAUCUCAAAGCUGGAACACAGCCAGAUAACUCACAGUUUGAACAGGAAGUUAUAUUCUGCAGGUACAAGGAUUACAGAGAACCACCUUGGUCCCCAAAUCAGUAUGAAUUUUCUAAGCAGUACUGGUCAGUUUUAUCUGCUCGCUUGGCUUUUGUUAUUCUAUUUCAGAACCUGGUCAUGUUCCUCAGUGCACUGGUUGACUGGAUGGUUCCUGACAUUCCCAAGGACAUCAGCGAACAAAUCAAAAAGGAGAAGAGUAUGCUUGUCGAUUUCUUCCUGAAGGAAGAGCAUGAGAAGCUGAAACUGAUCGAAAGCUUUAUCAUGUGUGACAAGCACAGAAACAAAGGCGAGACAAAAGGCCGAAGGAACCGAGCAGCAAGCUUCUGCCACUUUAGCCGGAGUCAGCGGGGCAGCUUUGCAUCCUUUAGCUCACAGCACACAGAAGUAUGACUCCUUAGGGGAAGGAAAUGUACCAUGGAACAUAUGUAAUACUUGUGUACUUACUGUGUGAUGUGAUCCUGAAACUGGAGUGAGGGAGGGAGGGACUGAUAGGUAGGGAGAGUGGAGGAGGGAGUCUGUCACUUCUCAGGAAACUUCAGGUGUAAGUUCCUCUGUAAUAUUUUAUACGCUAUCUGGGCUGCAGCACUUUCAGCGUUAUUCAAUGCAAAUUAAAGAGCCAGGCUAUGGCUUUGGCUGGCCCUUGCAUAGAAGCAUGGGAAAUGGGGAGGGCAGAGUACAGCAUCUAGCACAAUAAGGUUCUGGUCCAUGACAAGAUCUCCUCGGGCUACCAUAAUACCAGUAAUAAGGAGCCCUCCCUCUCUUGCACUCUCGGUGUCAAGACCAGCCACAAUCCCAAUCCCUGCACUCUCCUGAGUGCAAGGACUGCUACAUGCUAACAUGCCCCUAGGGCAGUAUGUACUCCAAAGAAGCAUGGGCAAUAGACCCUACCACACAUGUUUUAGCAGACCUGGCCAGCCACAGAAGGAGCUGAACAUUGCAUCCUCUCAAAGGAUGUAGCAAUAAACACAUUCCCUCUGCACACCCAGAGGCUCUAGGAAUCAUUGUGCCUUCGUGAUGCACAAUGCCUCUUGGUGCUCUUACUGUAGUGGGGCUUGCCACAGCACCCCCGAUGCAGAGCUAUGGUUAAAGGCACAAAAUAGCAGGACGACAAAUAAUUAAGAUUACUGAGCACUUUGGCCUACAGUUGUUGGUUUAACAGGAGCCUGAAUAAUAAACAGAGACAUAUCACAACAUAAGCAUCUGAAAGAAGUAAAGAUGAUAGAACUAGCUAAGCACAUCACUGUUUGUUGUUCUGAGCAAAAUACUCUGAGCAUAAUUCACCUCUCACUUAAACUGGGACUUCAGCUCCAACUGGUGUCAAUCAGAAGUAACUCUGUUGAUAUCAAUGCUGGAGUUAAACUGGUAUAAGUGAAAGUAGAGUGACGCCUUGUAACUCAUGUGACAAUAUCUUCCUGUACGUUGCUCCAGAAAUAACAAAAAGUUGCUGUUGUGUAUUUACUGUAAAUCAAGAUGUUGUUAUGCAUAACUGUAUUCUAUGGAGAAAAGAAAAACAGGUUCAUUAAUUAGGUUUUUAUCUAAAUGCACCUAAUGAAUAAUUUUAUUCUGUUAUGGAUUAAAAAUAAAACUUUCUU